GACCUCCUCCGCGCCGUCCAAAAUCAACCCUGGUCCGACGUCAAAGAACUCAACUGGGGCGCUAUCAACGGGGACGAGAAGGAGAGGCUGAAGAACAAUGGGGAUAUCAAGACGCCGGCUGAGCAUUGUCAGUACAAGUUUUUGGCGCAUGUGGAGGGGUAUGCGUAUAGUGGGAGGUUGAAGUACCUCCAACAAUGCCGCUCCGUCAUCGUCGGCCACAAACUCCAAUACAUCCAGCACUACCACCACCUCAUCAACGGCCAAGACGGCCACCCGGAGCAGAAUUAUGUCGAAGUCCCUUUACCGUUCGAGCAGAAUCUGGAGGGGGUAAUGGAGGGUUUGUUGAAGGAGGAGAGUAGGGAGAAGGUGGAGAGGAUUGCGGAGAAUGGGUGGAAGGGGAUGAGGCAGGGGUAUAUCAGUCCGGCUGCAAAUGAUUGCUACUUUCGCUACCUCUUACACAAGUAUGCAGAGGUGCAGGCGUUCGUACCGAGUAUCGAAGGGGCGGCGCCGUAUGAGAGUUUUGUGUUGAUGGGCAAGACGCAUUGGGAUCCACAUAGACGUUAG